CCCGCACAUACCACCAUUUGCGACUUAUCUGACUCUCAUCCGGACGGCAUGGCACCCCUCGAACCGCCAGGCCAGAACAUCGAGAGAUGCUCUGUUGAUGGAGCUGCAAAUUCUCUCAACUGGGUCUCUUCGACGGGAACCCAUCGCCGGGUUGACUUGAAUAAUAUUGUUGGCGUGGUGCGGAACCCAGACACAUCAUCGGGGUAUCGCGUGCUGUUACUCGAGAGCACCCAAAAGGAAGGUGAACGCAACGAGUCCAACCUCCACCUCUCCAAACUUGAUAUCACGUCCCUUCCCGAGGGCUUGUCCCCGUUUCUCGUGGACAUUCCAACCCACCUUCGACGAAAAGAGCCCGUCCAGGUCGUGGUAUCAACUCGGAGUGGCACGGGUACGGCGAAAGCUGUCUUUCAGGACACCGUGGAGCCGUUCCUGCAAUACCUGAGACUUGGAUAUCGAGUCUAUGAGACGCAAUCAGCCCAGACAAUCCUUGAACUUUCCCGAUCGCACUUCUUGAAAGACGCCUGCGCGGGAAUUCCCCAGACUAUCCUCUUACUGUCCGGCGAUGGAGGUCUGGUCGACCUGGUCGAUGUCUUCUACAAAUCGACAAAAACACUUCAAGUGGCUCCAGAUAUUGGUUUAAUUCCAUGUGGUACGGGGAAUGCUAUGGCGAGCUCCCUCGGACUACGGUCAGGUCCAACCUCUGGCCUCCGAGCCUUACUCCGGGGUCAGCCUUCUCCGGUCCCAACUUUCGCCGCCAGCUUUUCCCCUGGGAGCCGGCAGAUGCUAGAUGAAGGCCGACAGCGUGUUCCGAUUGAUUCCUAUCCGGAUGGUCCUUAUCAGACAAUCUACGGUGCGGUGGUCGCUAGUUGGGGGCUCCACGCCGCACUCGUUGCGGACAGCGAUACGGCCGAGUAUCGCAAAUUUGGGUCAGAGAGGUUCAAAAUGGCCGCAAAAGAGCUCCUCCACCCAUCGGAUGGUACUUCCCCUCAUCGCUUCCACGGCCAGAUUACGUUGGCCACGUCGGAUGUUCAGACGGGGAAGCAGAGUCUGCGACGCCUCACGGAGAGUGAGCAUAUGUACGUGCUGGCCUCUCUUGUGCCCCGCUUAGAGAAGGAUUUCCUAAUCUCACCCGACACGGAACCACUGGGUGGGCAGAUGAGAUUCCUACGAUUUGGACCUCUAUCGGGGGAUGAGGCUAUGCGUCUUAUGAUUUUGGCGUAUCAGGGGGGGCAACAUGUACAUGAUGAGCUGGUUACGUAUGAAGAGAUUGAAUGGCUUCGCAUCGACUUUCAUGAAGACUUGGAACGAUGGCGGCGUGUUUGUAUUGAUGGGAGGAUAGUUGCCGUUGACGAAGGGGGUUGGAUGGAGAUUUCGAAGGAGUCCCGACAGCUUUUGAAUAUCAUCAAGCCUUGCGAGUGAUGUGGUGGGUGUGGAGAGAUAGAUGUACAUAGAUUCUUGAUUCAGUUAGACCGUCCUCUCAGCGUCAGUGGUACAUUGGUGUUCGUCUACUCUAAUUUUUUUUUUCGUCGUUCACUCUGCUAUACGUCUGUACGAAUUCCGUAUAGAGAGCCAAAUAGAGUAUACACAUAUUACCCUGCAG